AUGACGCAACAUUACAUAUUUUUCUUUGUUCUACUAACUUGUAUUCACUUUGUACAUUUGGAAUCUGAUCAUCGCAAUCAAAACAGCAACUGUCCACAUUUGUUCAAAGCAUUGAGUGAUUGCACUUGUGUUCAUUCGAAUACAAUCGAUUGCAGUUAUUCAACAACAAUAUCUCAUUUGCCACGUUCUUGGUAUUCGACAAAUCAUAAUCUGACGGCGUUUACACAAUCGAUAAUUCGUUUUGAUCUUGUGCAUACACCAUCAAUCACAUUGAUUAAAACAGAUGAUUUUCACGGUCUUCAAAAUCUUCGUUAUCUUUCGAUAAUUAGUACUGGACUUGUUAAAAUUCAGCCACAUGCAUUUCGUCAUCUUCCUUAUUUAAAUGAAAUUCGUAUUGAAGCCAAUGGAAAUCUAACUGAAUUACAAGCAUAUUCAUUUAGUGACAUUGAAUAUGUACAUCGUAUAUCACUUGCAUCGAAUUCAAUACGUGUUAUUAAUGCCGAAGCAUUUCGCUACACACAUUUCGUUGAUAUAUUAGAUCUUAGUAACAAUCCAUUAGAAGUCAUUCAUUCAUAUGCAUUUUUUGGUCUUAAAUCCGUGGGCAGUUUAAUCUUAUGUUUAUUGCCUACAUGCCCGAUAAAACAAAUUGAUCCAUUUGCUUUUUUUGGAUUUCAUACAUGUGAUACAAUAUUAUUAACCGGUAUUCAUACAUCGUUACGUUCAGGAUCAUUUUCGCAUAUGACAUCGAUUCGUCUCCUUAAUUUAUCUCAUGGUGAAAUAUCACGCAUACAUUCAUAUGCAUUUCAAGGCAGUGAACAUAUCGGCGAGCUCGAUUUAUCAUCAUCGUUAAUAUCGAAUAUAGAUACGGAUGCAUUUGAACAAAUAAAUAAUAUUUCAUUAUUAAAUUUAAAUGGAAAUUUAAUACGUUUAUUUGAAAAAUCUAUUUUUCAACCAUUAGUUCAUUCAAUAAGACAUAUUAAUCUUGAUAAUAAUCCAAUUCAAUGUGAUUGUACACUCGAAUGGUAUUUAGAACAGCGUUCCGAUAGAUUUAAAUUACCAGAUGUAUGUACAGGUCCAAUAGGAUACGAAUGUUUAAGUCCUAAUGAACUGCAACAAUCUCAAUUGCCAUGCUACAAAAUCAAUGAAGAUAAUAAUCAAACAACAUUAAAAAAUUUAUGUGAAAAGCGUGUUAAAGGUAUUGUGGUCGCAAAAUCGUUGGCAUCUUUGUACAGAUUAAAUACUUGUUUGUUUGUCCUAUUGACAAUUAUGUUUAUAAGCAAUGUUGUAAUUUAA